CUCCGCUCUGUCAUUGGCAUCUGAUCUCGGCGUCCUUCGUGGCAACUGAUUCCCAGAUUAUUGAUAUUAUUGAUUGUUGGAUAAAUCGAUUGAUCGUCUGCUUUUUCCAUCAUUCAGGUUUGACCCUUGUUAUCACAAUGUGGUUUGUGUUCAGUAUGUCUUGUGUUCAUUACAGGUUUCAGAGUCGACUCACCUACGACUCGCUCCAGUUUAAGGGCCUCAACAUCACUGUGGGAGAGCUGAAGCGGCAGAUCAUGAGGCGCGAGAGGCUGAAGUUCUGCCAGCUGAAGAUCAGCAAAGCCCAAACUGAUGAAGAAUACACAGAUGAUGAUGCUCUCAUCCCUAAAAACACAUCGGUCAUCAUCAGACGGGUCCCUGCUGCUGGACUGAAGUCCUCCAACAGAAGAUUUGUUGGACAUCAAGCUGGACCAUCAGCUAAAUCUUCUCAAACAGGUGAUUCUUCACUCCUCUCACUGGAGCAGCUGUUGAAGACUGAGAAUCUGGCUGAGGCAAAGGCAUCAGAGGAGGACAAGCUAAAAGCGGCGAUGUACCAGUCCAGUCUGUGCUACUACUCCAGCAGUGAGGCCAUGACACUGCUUGGGCUUCUUCCACCCAACUAUGUCUGCUUUCACUGUGGGAUCCCAGGACACCACAUUAGGCACUGCCCCUCUAAAGGGGGCAGCAGCUCUGCUCCGCUUAAGCGCAUCCGGAGGAGCACAGGGAUUCCCCGCAGCUUCCUGUUGGAGGUGGAAGACCCAAACCGAAAGGGAGUCAUGAUGGACGGCAGCGGCAAAUACGUCAUUCCCAUCAUAGACGCUGAGGCCUAUGCUGCUGAGAAGAAAAAGAGGCCUUCCUUCUGCCAGACCAAGCCGCUGCCCUCCUCUUCCUCAGCUGGUGCGGCAUCUUCAGUCCAGGACGCCAGAAGGAAACGUUCCCGCUCCCCAUCUCCACCAGAGACGCACGGAGACCAGAAGAGACCACGUCACUGAGAGACCUUCACCCAAGAGACCUGGAGCCGACGUGAGCACAGUGUAUAUAUUGUACAUAGUUUAUGAAUAAAACUGAAUAAAGAUUAUAGCAGCA